AUGUUCAAGCGCCCUCUCGCCACAAAGACGAGCGCCCCGGUCCGCUCGUCCGACGUCCGCCGCCUCCGCGACGAGCUCGCGUCCACCUUCAGCCUCUCGAGCAGCGACGCCAAGCUCGUCCUCCCCGACGGCGUCCUCGCCGCAAAAGCCACCACUCACCUCGACGAGCCCUGCACCCUCUACCUCGCGCCGGGCUCCAACGACCCGCGCCUGUUCCGCCCGGGCAAAGGCCUCGAGGGCCACCUCGUCCCGACCUGCUACGCCCUCGACGUGUGCCCGCACCUCCUCCCCGUCCUCGAGACGGCCCCGCAAGUCGUUGAGCACCUCGUCAGCGGUUCCGCUCUUUUUGCCGCAGGCGUCUCGGCGCGGUCGCUCAAGGCCCUCCCGCCGUCGAUCCGCUCGGGCGACCUCGUCGCGGUCGUCGUCGUCGAGGACCCGCCGUCGCGCCGGGUCGUCGCCGUCGGGCAGCUCGGCGGGACGAGGGACGAGGUGAUCCGCAUGCAGCAGAGCGGUGGAGAAAAGAAGGGCAAGGCCGUCAUCACUCUGCACGCCCGCGGCGACUACCUGUGGGCCGCCGGCUCGGGCGUCGACGCGCCUCUGCCGCCUCUAUCGUCGUCGUCCAAGGGUUCGUCGAGUCGGCACGAGGUCGACGCCGUCGCAGACGACCUCGCGUCGACCUCGAUCGAGGCGGCGCCAAAAGCCUCGUCGAGCACGAGCGAGUCGCGCCCUGCCUCGCCGGCACCCACCUCGGCCGAGCUCACGCCGGCGCAGGUCGACGCCGCCCUGUUCGACGCCCUCCUCCUCGCCAUCUCGACCUCGCUCUCGUCGGCCCCGUUCCCGCUCCCGGCCUCGCUCCUGUACUCGUCCCACAUCCUGCCCUCGCGCCCGGCAUCUGGGCCCGGCUCGACCGCCGAGGUCAAGAAGAGCACGUUCAAGAAGCUCGACCGCCUCGUCAAGGCGGCCGCCAAAAAGGGCUGGCUCUCGACCAAGGAGGUCAAGGGCGAGGUCGUCGUCGUCGGCGUCAACGCGGCGCACCCGGACGUCGAGGCGCUCCGGCCGUACAAGACGCUCGGCAUGGAGGACCGCGCCGAGCAGAAGCGUGAGAAGCGUGACGAGGUCAAGGAGGAGCGCAAGAAGGGCGAGCUCGAGGUCAAAGAGCUGUGGAAGCUGAGCGGCGACGGCGUCAAGGAGCUCUUCCGCCACGUCGAGCACGAGCGGCCCGCCAACGACCUCUACACGACCUCGCAGCUCUCGACCCUCCUCCGCCGGUUCACCGACGCCCACUCGCUCUCGCACCCGUCCCACCGCGCCCUCCUCCUCCUCACCCCCUCGGCGCACCCGAACCCGCCCUCGCUCUCACUCGAGCAAGAAUCGGCCAUCGAGCUCGUCGCGCGCGUCGUGCUCAAAAAGGGCGAGACGGUCGACGCGUACGGCGCCGAGAAGGGCGCCGCGGGGUGCGUCGGCCGGGACGAGGCGCUGAGGAGGAUCAAGAGCGGGUGCACGGCGUACUGGGGGUACAAGAAGGACGGCGACGAGGUCAUCAAGAAGGGCAGCCCGCCGCAGAUUCGCGUCCAGAUCAAGAACGUCGGCAAGCGCCAGGUGACGCUCGUCUCGGGACACGAGCCGUGGGAGCUCUUCUCGUCCGAGGAGCUCGCCGAGGAGCUCAAGCACCGCAGCGCGAGCUCGACUAGCAUCCAACCGCUCGCCGGCUCGGCCAAGAAGGGCGGCACGCCAAAGGUCGAGAUCAUGUGCCAGGGCACGCACGACGCCCUCGUCGUCAAGCUGCUCACGUCCCGAGGAAUCCCCAAGGCCUUUAUCGACGUCGACUUGAGCAAGAGCAAAAAGUGAGCUCGCGAGAUGGGUCGAGUCGAUUUGAGACGAGUACGUGGCGGACGAGCGGGACGGCGCGCAAUGCAGGACCUGUCGUUCUCUUUC